AUGCAAAGAUACAAAGUGACAAAGGGAUCGAGACAAGACGUUCUCCCGAGAAGUCUUCCCCAACUCUCCCCGAUUCUCAACGGCAAUUCGUCCAGUGACAUCGGCGUCUUCGCCCCCGCGACUCCACACGCCGCGCCCGUUCUUAUAAGUCCAAGACCCCAUUCUGGCCCUUCUAUCCUCGGCCCAGCUUCAGAUCCAAGCCACCCAAAGCAGCUUUGUCUACACUUGUACUCACCAGUCUCACACUCCCAUCUUACUCCGUCCACCCCGGCCAAUUUAUUCCAGAACCUCCAAGCCUUGACCCAAACCAUCUUCACCCGAUCUCAAAGACCUACCCGUCCAACGACUCAAUUCUUUAUAACCAUGAAGGAUCCCGUCCAGAGAACUGCUUCUCCCUACACUGAUCCCAAAGUUAAAGGCCCAAAGUCUCAGAUUCUCGCAGAAGGAACCCAAGCAGACUUACGCAAGAGUACGUCCACACUACAUCCCAUCUCCGUUAUAUCGUCAUAUACCCUCUUAUACACCCAUCCCCUUCCCGAGUUUUUCCACAACAACGCAAACUCAGUCUUGGUCUCAUCCUUUCCUUAUACCACUUUGAUCGCUAGCAACGUUAACAAGACUCCUCUCCACCCUGGUGGUGUUGCUCCUCACCAGGAGCACACGGAGCUCGAGGAGGAGCUUCACGAGACCGCGCACAUUGACUACGACCGUGUCGCCAUUAUCCCCAACCCUUCCGUCCCCGCCCUUUACGAAGAUGCCCUCGUCUACGAGACCGGUUCCGCCAUCACAUCAAGUGGUGCCUUGACUGCCUACUCUGGAAAGAAGACUGGUCGUUCGCCUUUGGACAAGCGAAUUGUCGAGGAGGACAGCUCCAAGAACGACAUCUGGUGGGGCCCCGUUAACAAGCCCAUGUCACCCGAGGUAAGAGAAAUCGCAACCCAGAUCGAGUCAUGGUGCUGUGGGCACGCUUCCCCUUGGUCCUUUAGCCGUCUGUCACGCGACCUUUCGGAGACAGCAAAAAACAGCGAAACGAACUCAGGCACUGCCGAAGACUUCUUUGCUGUCAAUGAAUGCGUCAUGUUUCAGCUCGGCACUGCUAUCGGUAUACACCUGCGCGCAGCAAGCAAAAAGUCCGCUAUUGCUGGUCCUUUCUGCACAAAUCCGAGGAACCGAUGCAGGCGCAUCGCAUCGGUUCAUGCCGGAGGGAACUCAUCGAGAUGGCUCUUCAUCCAAUGUUUUCCCCCGAUGUUCCCCGCCAGGUUCCUCGGGUGCAGUUUUGCGACUGGGAGUGUCGUCAUCAAAGGCUGCAACCCCUCCUCGUUCCCCUUUGGGCCUUGGGUCUGGAAGAUCAACCGCGAGCGUGCCAUCGACUACCUCAACACCAGAAACCGUAUCUACGUCGUCGACGGUUACGCCGGCUGGGAUGAGAAGUACCGUAUUCGUGUCCGUGUCAUCUGCGCCCGCGCCUACCAUGCUCUCUUCAUGAGAAACAUGCUCAUUCGCCCUCCUCGUGAGGAGCUCGAGCACUUCCACCCCGACUACACCAUCUACAAUGCCGGCUCUUUCCCCGCCAACAGAUACACCGAGGGUAUGACCUCCGGCACCUCAGUCGCCAUCAACUUCGCCGAGAAGGAGAUGGUCAUUCUCGGUACUGAGUACGCUGGUGAGAUGAAGAAGGGUGUCUUCACCGUCCUCUUCUACGAGAUGCCUAUCAAGCACAACGUCCUCACUCUGCACUCCUCUGCCAACGAGGGCAAGAACGGCGAUGUUACCCUCUUCUUCGGUCUGUCAGGCACUGGCAAGACCACUCUCUCUGCCGACCCUCAGCGCGCCUUGAUCGGUGACGACGAGCACUGCUGGAGUGACCGCGGUGUCUUCAACAUUGAGGGCGGCUGCUACGCCAAGACCAUCGGCUUGUCAGCCGAGAAGGAGCCCGAUAUUUUCGGCGCCAUCCGCUUCGGCUCCGUCCUUGAGAACGUUGUCUUCGACCCCGAGACCCGUGCCGUCGACUACGAUGACUGCACCCUGACAGAAAAUACCCGCUGCGCCUACCCCAUCGAGUACAUCAGCAACGCCAAGAUUCCCUGCAUGUCAGAAUCUCACCCCACCAACAUCAUCCUCCUCACUUGCGACGCCCGCGGUGUCCUGCCUCCCAUUUCCAAGCUCGACCGCGCCCAGACCAUGUUCCACUUCAUCUCUGGUUACACCUCCAAGAUGGCCGGAACUGAGGACGGUGUCACCGAGCCCCAGGCCACUUUCUCCUCCUGCUUCGCCCAGCCCUUCCUGGCCCUGCACCCCAUGCGCUACGCCAAGAUGCUUGCCGACAAGAUCGAGCACCACAACGCCAACGCCUGGCUCCUCAACACCGGUUGGGUCGGUGCCGGUGCCGCUCAGGGAGGCAAGCGCUGCCCCCUCAAGUACACCCGUGCCAUCCUCGACGCCAUCCACUCUGGCGAGCUCGCCAAGGUCGAGUACGAGACCUACGAAGUCUUCAACCUCCAGGUUCCCAAGACCUGCCCAAGUGUCCCCGACGAGCUUCUCAACCCCAAGGCUGCCUGGACUGCCGGCAACGACAGUUUCAACACCGAGGUCAAGAAGCUCGGCACCCUCUUCAACGAGAACUUCAAGAAGUACGCCAGCGAAGCGACCGAGGAGGUCGUCAAGGCCGGUCCCGUCGUUUAA